AUGUCCAGCACUUCGUCCUGGUCGUUGAAGUCCUGGAUCUCGGGCCGUAGUUCAAUCCGUACAUCCCGUUCAAACCGCAGCCUCGCCUCGAACCUCUCCGUCUCCUCAUGGGGAAACUCGGCCAUCAGCGUCCACUCCCAAACGACUACCUACGCUCAGUCAUCAUCCAGCGACUCGACCAUCACCGCCCGUUCGCGUGUGGGAUCAUUCGCUCUCUCCACCUCAUCUACAGACACGGAGCGCCCUGCGAGUCCAACUUCGACUUCCAACCCCGGCCCCACCCCGCCUCUGAACCACCCCCGCUCGCACAAUCGCUACAAUGCCCUUACACGCGCGCACGUCGCUGCCGUGGCGGAACUCGACGCCAUCGCCUCCACCCUUCUCUUCGGCUUCUCGGCGGUACACAAGCACGCAGAGGGCGAGCUGCGCGCCGCGGCUGCCUGGGUCAUGCUCGAGAUAAUCGAGGCGCACUUCGAAACGACGAACGAUCUCGCGACACAGCGCUACGACAGGAUCUGUUCCUGGGAGCCGGAGAACGAGGAGCUGAGGAUGUGGUCGGGGGCGAUGGAGGCGCGCUAUGUGCUCAAGAUGCCCGACCAGCUUCGCGACACCAAGCUCGCCCUGCUCUCCGACGCGCUCGGAACCCGGUUUGGCGAGUUCCCCGAAGUCGGCGAGAUGCGCGCCAGAGGGCGCAACACCAACCCUGCCGUUCGCCACAUGAUCUUCGCCAUGCUCGUCACGGAGCUCCGGCGCCAGCCCGAGGCUAGCGUUCCGGAGCUGUAUGAGACCAUGUCGCUCUGGGCCAGGGGAGAGGUGCUCCUCACCUUGACUGAUGAGUGGGACGUGGACAGCGUCCGGGGGGAGCUGUCUGCGAUCUUUGACACUAGUGUGGAAUACUGCGAUCAGGAAGCUGAAGGCUCUAGGGAGGACAGGAAGAGCAGGACGCACCCCAAGGACAGGAAGGAGAAGAGGAAGCCGAAUUUGAGUGCCCCGAAGGAGAAGUAUGAGGAGAGCCAGUACGAGAGCAAGUUUGAGAGCGAAUAUGAGCGCCGCGCUAGAGAGUUGGGACUGUGUCCUGAGGAGAUGAUGGCUAUGGAGCGCUUCGUGCGCGAGCUGGAGGAGGAGGAGGAGGCAUAG